UCUUGAUAUUUUUUCAUUGUAUAUAUUUCCUCAAAAUAUAUUAUACGCUAAAUUGGUGACGUAAACGAGAUAUAAGGAUAUCACAGAGGAAAUUCACGUUUCUGCUUGCAUCUGUUAUAUCAUAAAUUCAUGCAAAUUUGUGCAAACAAGCACACAAUCAAACACAAGAUUCACUUUUACAAGGCCCGCUGCUACUUAUCCCUACCACCUUUAUUAUGUCUUUAAAAGCGUUCCCUCUCUACGCGGGUCAUUGCUCAUCGCGUAGCAGGGCCAGGAUAGCGUUGUAGAGGGGAGUGAAAUGAUUUCCUAUACAAGCAUAUAUGGGAAUGUGUGCGUAUCUUGAAAAAGUAGCGAAGAAUGGAGCUGCCUCGAAAAUACUAAGUAUUGGUGCAAUAGUCGCUAACUGUCUUUCGGAUGACUCAUGUCGUAUUGCUCAUCAAGUGGCCGCACAAGAUAAGCUUCAGAAUUGACGAAUGUUAAAUACGAAUAAUCUUCUGAAACAGAAAGUUUUAGUUUCAUACUGAAAGAUGGAAGAAGAAACGGCGAAUCGUCCAAAGUGGUUGUUAGAACUAGAAAAUCGUAAAAGGAAGCCACGUUUAGCACAUGAAGCUGGUGCUGGUGCAUCAUGUAUGAAUUGUAACUCUGCAUGUCCUGGUCUUGAUUUGCAUUUUUGGCGAAAAAUUUGUAAAAAUUGUAAAUGUAGUCGGGAUGAUCAUGAUGUCGAUGACGAUGAAUUUCCACAAUUUGAUCUGCUGUUUGGACCAAGUGGAAAAUUUAAAAAGAAGACCAUGCGUUUGAAAGUAAAUAACAAGAAACAAAAUGAAGCUGAAACUACAUUUGAAUGGAUACCACCAGAUACAACAGAAGAACUCGCUAUGGAUUAUAUGAAAGCUUUACCUGUAGAGAAAUUACCAAUUAAAGGAUCUGUUGGUGCUGUUUUGCGGAAACAAUUAUUGCAGAAACAAUUACCACUUCAUGAUAUUGAUCACAAAGUUUGUGAUGAACUUAGUGAACAAGAACAGAAGCAAUUUGAAAAAUACUUGGAAAAUAUAAAAAAAUAUGUAGGUCAAGGCAAAGUAAUGAAGAUGUUAGGCGCUCGUCCAUUCGAACGUUCUCUCAUGACGCCUAUCAAUGCAACUGAUAUGCAACAUUUUAGUCCGCAACAUAAAGCUUACAUACCUUCUACUGGUGUUCAAUUACGUACACCAAGUAGCUUUGCUGUGAAAAAUUUAUAUGCAAAGCAUCCACAUGAAAAUAAGCAGGAUUCCAUGAUCAUAAAUGACAAUAAAAUUUCCAAAGCAGAAGAAUAUAACUGUUCGCUAACUAAUGUACCUGCCAAUAACAAUAUCGCGAAAUCUCAACUAAUCGGAGGGAAAUUGAUUAAUGAGAAUUUACAAUAUGAAGGUGACAUAGUGUCAAUAAACGAAAAAGCUAUGGAGAAUAAAGUAAUUCAUUCUUCAAUUCCUGCACAUCUUGCCGAGCAAGAAAUCGUACCUGUUCGCGAGAUGCAUACUUCUGGAAAUUACAUACCUUACGGAAGGAAUGCGUUGAAAGAUGCUUUAGAGAGACACAGAGAAACGCUUAACAAUAUCUUGCCGUACACUGCGGAUUUGAAAACAGUUAAUAACGAAGCAGCUUCUAUGGCGGAAUCCAUAUUGGCGGACGCUCUUCUUCCACCUAGUGCGAUACAUGCCAACGAUAUUAUCGGAAGUACAUUGGAUGAAAAAAGCCUGAUGUUUAUAAGAGAAAAGCUUGCUGAUAAAUACAAUGCCAUGGAAAAUUUGGUUACGCACACUGUUCCUAAAUCAUCUCAACUAUUAGACACAAAUGAUGUACUACGUAGCACUGGAUCUAAGGAGAAUAAUAAUAAUCCUAUGAAUAUUAAUAAAGAUGCGGAGAGAACAGCUAUUGAAACUGCUAUGAAAAAUUCUGCAGGAACUCUACUGGAAAAUACAAAAGUUAACAACAUUAUAAACACUCCUGUAGAAGCAGAGAGGAAGAAGUACAAAUCUCCAUCUCAAAUAAUUGAAUCAAUUGCUUUACCUAUUAGGGCGAAUCACAAACCAACGAAGAAUAAUUCGUCGAUGAUAGAGUCUAAAACCAUAGCAGAAAACGCUAUGGAUCCCUUAUUAAAUAAAUACAUAUCUGUAGAUCCUACUCUUCCCACAUUGAAUUCGUCAUUGCAAAGUGAUUCGCAAGGUCUCGUUAAUGACAGUCCAUUGCAAGCUGAGUUGAGUAGUUCGAUCCUGCAAUCAACAGUUAUACAUUCUGAACAGUUGCAAAAACAAGUAUUUCCUCAUAUUAUCGGGGACUGCAAUGAACAAUCGAACGCACAGCACGUAGAUUACCUAAAAGACAAUAUGAAGGAUUUAAAGAUCGAGUCAACAAAAGUGCACAAAUGCGAGAAGUGUCAUGAAGAUAUACGCGUCGACGAUGUGAUUGUAACUGCGGAAAAGGCUAAUAAUGCAUUCUGGCAUCCUGGAUGUUUUGUUUGCUCAGUAUGCAAUGAAUUGUUGGUAGAUCUGGUAUAUUUUUAUUAUAAGAAUAAAUUAUAUUGUGGAAGAGAUUUGGCUGCAUUCUUGGGAAUUGUCCGAUGUUUUGCAUGCGACGAGUUAAUUUUUGUACGAGAAUAUACGGUUGCAGAAGGGCACAAUUACCAUGUAAAACAUUUCUGUUGUUGGGAUUGUGAUAUGCCAUUAGCUGGACAACAAUAUAUUACUGAAAAUGAUCGUCCAUUAUGUCUUCCUUGUUAUCAAAAAUCAUAUGCAAAAACAUGUGCUGCCUGCAAUAUAGUGAUUGCCGCUGAUCAACAGGGUGUAACUAUAAAAAAUUUGAACUUUCAUGCAACUGAAGUCUGCUUUUGCUGCUUUAGCUGUAAAAAGAAUUUAUUAAACGGUAGAAUGGCGAUAAAAGAAGAUAAAUUAUUCUGCAGUAAAGACUGUAUUACAAAGUUCCUCAACCGAUAAAAUACAUGUAUAUAUAAAUAAAAGUAUUUAUAUCAUAAUACUA